GCCUCCACUGUCGUCGCCUCCACCGACAUCAUCCACUUUCUCUACGCUACCGACUCCUACAGCGACAUCCAGGGCGCCGGCAGCGGCUACGGCGCGGGCUUCACCCUGACCGACAACGAUGGAAACACCAUCUACAACAACGCCGACCCUGGCGGCUAUGCCCCCUGCAUGGACAACAGCGAGAAGGUUCAGUACACCUCGGACUGCUUCACCGGCACCUGGACCUUUGGCUGUGAGUCGGCCUUCGAUGGCAGCCCCAAGCUCUGCAGCGCCUACGACCCGGAUGGAACAGCCUACCCCGGCAAGGCGGACGAGUCUCUCGACUUCAUCGGCAUCAGCGCCGGGAUCACUGGAACCUGCAGUGGGGAGGUUACC